GUCAUUGACAAAAUCACAUCUCUGCAGGGGAUUUAAGCCAAGUUUAACUCCAACUUGACUGCUUCUGGUUAUGAGAAUCUGCUCUACGAGGCUGAAACGGCAGGGGGUAAGAUGUUCGUGGAGUCGGUGGUCCGAUGGGGGGCGUGGAGCGUCCUGCUCCAGUUUGGACUGGGUGUCUCUGCAGGAGGCUGUCCUCCACGGUGUGUGUGCCGAUCUGAGGCCAAAGAAGUGAUCUGCUCUGGCAAACACUUGAACUCGGUGCCAGAGGGCUUUUCCAGUGAUGCCAAGCGGUUGGAUUUAUCCUACAAUAAGAUUAAGACUGUGGGACGGCGCCAGUUCUCUGGCCUGUCGCAACUUCAAGAGUUGGACCUCAGCGACAACGCCAUCUCUAUGAUUGAGGUGGAGGCUUUCCAGGGCCUACAAAGUCUCAGGACGCUUCGGAUUAAGAAUAAUCGUCUCAAGAUCAUCCCGGUAGGGGUGUUUACCGGCCUGUCCAGUCUGCGCUUUCUGGAUCUGAGCCAGAACGAGAUCUUGGUUUUCCUGGACUACACCUUUAAAGAAAUGGUGAGCCUACAAACUCUAGAAGCUGGAGAGAAUGAUCUGGUCUUCAUCUCCCAGAGGGCUUUUUUCGGUCUGCAGAAUCUCCAGGAGCUGAAUUUAGACCGCAGCAACCUGACCUCCAUUCCCACCGAGGCAUUGUCUCAGCUGCAGAGCCUCUCACGCCUGCGUAUGCUCCGCCUCACCAUUUCCGCUUUGCCCAACAACGCUUUCCGACGGCUCCACCGCCUGCGCAGCCUCGUCAUUGCAAACUGGCCGGCGCUGGACACCAUUGCCGGCAACAGCCUGAUCGGUCUGAAUUUGACCUCGCUUGUGAUCAGCAGCUGCAACCUCAGCGUGGUUCCUUACUCAGCACUCCGUCACCUGGUGUAUCUGCGCUUCCUGGACCUGUCCUACAACCCCAUCACUGUUAUCCAAGGCAACCUGCUCGGGGACCUCCUGAGACUGCAGGAGCUCCACCUGGCAGGUGGGUCCCUGCUCCGAAUAGAACCGGGAGCCUUUCGGGGACUGGCCUACUUUCGAAUGCUCAACGUGACCUCUAAUCAGCUCACGACCUUAGAGGAGAGCGCCUUUCACUCUGUGGGAAACCUUCAGGUGUUGCGUUUGGACGGGAAUCCCCUCGCGUGCGACUGCCGGCUUCUCUGGGUGGUCCGCCGCAGACUGCGCUUGAACUUCGAUGGACGACAGCCGACGUGCUCCUCUCCGGACACCGUGAGGCAGCGGGAAUUCAGAGACUUCUCUGAGAAGGAGCUCCCGAGGCUGUUCACCUGCCGCCCAGCUCGCAUCAUGGACCGCCGGCCGCAGGAGGCCAGAGUGGAGGAGGGCACUACCGUCAUCUUUUCCUGCAAGGCGGAUGGGGAUCCAGUACCAUCCAUCACCUGGAUAUCGUCCCAUAAGAACGUGGUUUCCUCUACUGGCAGAAUCAGAGUUUUACAGAACGGCACUCUCGAAGUGCGUUUUGCCCAAGUUCAGGACAGCGGCGCGUACCAGUGCAUGGCGGGAAACGCGGCGGGCAACGACAGCCUGACUGUUGGCCUGUAUGUGAAGGGGCUCCCACGUAACCGAACCGUCCCCCUCUUCACGGAAGAAGGCUGGGUAGAGCCUUCGAACACCCAGUCCGCCAACUCCUCAGCUCAGAUGGCCAAACCGUACCCGUUCGAUGCAAAGACCCUCAUCAUCGCCACGACCAUGGGCUUCCUGUCGUUCCUCAGCUCGGUGGCCAUCUGCUUUGUCUUCAUGUUUUUCUGGAGCCAGAGCAAAGGUCAGAUCAAGCACACCGCAACUAUUGACUUUGUUCCAAGGUCUUCCAUGGGCGGAGGGGGAGGGGACGGAGGUGACGGCGGCAGAUUUACCAUGAAGCUCAUUUAAAGCUUGUGAAAAGGUGAAAGCGGCCGGUUGU